AUGGACCAGUCGUCUCCAACCUACAUGCUUGCCAACCUAACCCACUUGCAUUCUGAGCAGCUUCUGCAAGGCUUGAACCUCCUUCGCCAACAUCACGAGCUCUGUGACAUUAUCCUUAGAGUUGGCGAUGUCAAGAUCCAUGCCCACAAAGUGGUGCUUGCCAGCAUCAGCCCUUACUUCAAAGCCAUGUUCGCUGGGAACCUUUCUGAGAAGGAAAACUCGGAGGUGGAGUUCCAGUGCAUUGAUGAGGCAGCCCUGCAGGCCAUCGUGGAGUAUGCCUACACAGGAACUGUGUUUAUCUCACAAGACACCGUAGAGUCGCUUCUUCCAGCUGCGAAUCUUCUCCAGAUCAAACUGGUCGUGAAGGAAUGUUGUGCGUUUCUUGAAAGCCAGCUUGAUCCUGGCAAUUGCAUCGGGAUUUCUCGUUUUGCAGAAACCUAUGGCUGCCAUGACCUCUACUUGGCUGCUAACAAGUACAUUUGUCAAAACUUUGAAGAUGUUUGUCAGACAGAAGAAUUUUUUGAGCUUACGCAUUCUGAAUUGGAUGAAAUUGUUUCCAAUGACUGCUUGAAUGUCGUGACAGAAGAAACUGUUUUUUAUGCGCUGGAGUCCUGGAUCAAAUAUGAUGUGCAGGAGCGACAGAAGUACUUAGCACAGCUGCUACAUUGCGUUCGGUUGCCACUGCUGAGCGUUAAGUUUCUCACGAGGUUAUACGAAGCAAACCAUCUCAUUCGUGAUGACCAUACUUGUAAACACCUGCUAAAUGAGGCCCUAAAAUACCACUUUAUGCCUGAACACAGACUUUCCCACCAGACCAUGUUGAUGACACGACCUCGCUGUGCUCCUAAAGUUCUUUGUGCUGUAGGAGGAAAAGCUGGACUGUUCGCGUGUUUGGAAAGUGUUGAAAUGUAUUUUCCCCAGAAUGACUCCUGGAUAGGCCUGGCACCUCUUAGCAUUCCCCGCUAUGAAUUUGGAAUAUGUGUCCUAGACCAGAAAAUAUAUGUUGUAGGAGGGAUUGCAACCCACGUGUGUCAAGGCAUCAGUUACCGAAAGCAUGAGAAUUCAGUGGAGUGCUGGGACCCCGAUACAAACACUUGGACGUCUCUUGAGAGGAUGUUUGAGAGCCGGAGUACUCUGGGAGUGGUAGUUCUGGCAGGAGAGCUCUACGCCUUAGGUGGUUAUGAUGGGCAGUCUUAUUUACGCACUGUAGAGAAGUACAUUCCUAAAGUGAAGGAAUGGCAGCUAGUGGCCCCGAUGAACAAAACAAGAAGUUGUUUCGCUGCAGCUGUCUUGGAUGGAAUGAUAUAUGCCAUUGGUGGUUAUGGUCCUGCCCAUAUGAACAGCAUGGAGCGUUACGAUCCAAGUAAAAAUUCGUGGGAGACAGUAGCUUCAAUGGCUGAUAAACGAAUAAACUUUGGUGUCGGUGUCAUGCUGGGCUUCAUUUUUGUAGUAGGUGGACACAAUGGUGUGUCUCACUUAUCAAGCAUAGAGAGAUACGAUCCUCAUCAAAAUCAGUGGACUGUGUGUCGACCCAUGAAGGAACCCAGAACAGGAGUUGGUGCGGCUGUAAUUGAUAACUACCUUUAUGUAGUUGGGGGUCAUUCAGGGUCGUCCUAUCUGAACACUGUACAGAAGUACGAUCCCAUCUCAGAUACCUGGCUGGACUCUGCUGGGAUGAUGUACUGUCGAUGCAAUUUUGGCUUGACUGCACUUUGAUGAAAAGCAGGACUUUAUGGAGCUGGUGCAAAGAUGGAGCUUAAUCUGCUUGAAAAAAAAACCCUGCUGAUGGAGACCAUAAGCUACGUUUUCUGAAGUUGGGAAGUUGGAGGAAUGUGGUGAAGUUGGGGUUGAAAUGAGGAAGGAUUUGUUUUCUUCCGGCAAUUGGCCUUUGUUACUUUAGUGACACAGGCAGAAGGAAUGGAAAGCUUAUUUACCAGCUGGGUUUAGGUAGCAUCCUGUUAAUGGCAGUGGAUUUUAGAGAGUACUGUACAUGCCUGGGAUAUGGUUAGAAAACUUACUGUACGUCUAACCCUUUCACUUUCUAGAGCUUGUCUCUCUUCCUCCUGCCUACUAUGAAAUACGAAGUUUACUGUGCUUGGGGUGAAAGAUGUGUGAAUGUGUUGUAUGACUGGACAGUUUGCUGAUAGUCAUCUGGUUGUGUCUUCAUACUAAGAAAAUGCCAGUGCUUCAUAAUUUUUUUUUUUAUUAACAGUAACUAAAGGGCUGCCUUGUUUCUGUAUCUCAAGGUUUGUAAAUAAUAAAUGUCAUAGUAUGUUG